AUGUAUAAUCAAGAGAAACUUGUAUGUGUGCAGGUAUUUUUGUUUGGUGCAUCUGACCAGCAUUCUGAAGAUAGGAAAAUGCAAAUAACAAUUGCAUACACUCAUUUUGGGAAAGGAUUGGUACAAAGGAUGCCAAGGUGCAGAUUAGGAUUCUUUCAUAUAGUUAACAACGAUUAUACUCACUGGCUCAUGUAUGCCAUUGGUGGUGGUAUGAACCCAACCAUCAUCAGCGAAGGCAACCGAUUCAUAGCUCCUCCAGACCUAAGAGCUAAAGAGGUUACACACAGACAAAAACCCAAUUCAGCAUGGGAUAGUGGGACAUGGAUUUCACACGGAGAUAUGUUGGUGAAUGGUGCCACCUUCCAACAGUCGCCCUCCAUUCUUCAACUACGCCCAUACGCCGGUAAGAUGGUAUUUCCGAUGUCGGGAAAAUACGCUGGACGUGCAACCAAACAUGCAGGACCAUUGAAAUGUAUACCUAGACGACGUUGCUGACAUAAGUUGUAUCAAUGUUACUGUAGAUUUGAUUUUUUUGUCCCCUUUUUUCUUGUGUUAUCGUCUCGAUCACCACCAAUCAGAAAAAUGGAAAAUUAACAAAUCAAGAAAACUAUGUAACGU